UGGACGCGAUGGAGUAUCGUAUCGCGGGCGCUACAGGCUCUGUUUUGAUAAAGAACUUGAGCGUUUGGAACCUUAUUGGAGGAGCGUACAUCAAUCCAUCUUCGUUUCUAUUUAUUCCCGGACUUGCUAGUCUCCUGAUUAAAGAGUCUCUCGUGGAAAAAGCUCCGUCGUUUUCAAAAAAUCACGUCUUAAUGAUAAAAUGUCAAAGGAUGCAGUUCAGUGAUCACUUUCAGAAUAUUUCGAAAGAGUUCAAGUAUGCAUGUGAUAAGAUGGAUAGAUUCCAAUAUUAUUUGCGACUUAAUAAAGCUAUUGAAAUGACUUACAAGCUAUCAUCAAUGGGAAAGACAUCUUUUGUGUCAGAUUCACUUGUGACAGACCUCGAAGAAGAUAAGAUUUUGGCAACUCACCGUCUAUUGGCUGUUUGCGUCAACAAAGCAACUGGAAUACCCGCCAGUCUGCCGCAAGAACUUCGAGAGCUCGCUGAAGAAAGGAGUAACGUCACUAAAAACAGUGAUAUAUUCACAAGAAAUUUAAUGGAAACUGCACCAGAGGGCAGCGUGGCUAAGCAUGUCGGAAUGGAAGACGUAACCUUUUUGGAUUAUGUACCCCACCAUAAGUAUUUAAACUUCUAUCUGGACUGCCUUGCAAGAGAUGCAACCAUGAAUGGCGUUACCAAUUUGCCUGGAAACAUGCCUAUAUGGGAUUACCAGGUACGCUCGUGCUCGUUUUUGUAUUUGAAGCAAUCAAAGCUUGGUGAUCGCAUUCAAACUUUCUACUGGAAAGAUCCUGCAGACAUGUGGAGCUUCUACUUCAAGACAAUGCGAAACAAAGAAACUAUAUGCGAGGCUCGAGUAAAAAUGACUGCUGCAAAAUGAACACUAGACAUUAUAUCGACUGUUUUUUUUGGAACAAAAUAGUGUAUUAUUAUUUUAUAGUUAAUAUAGUCACUUUUCAAUAAAAUACUUCCUCAAAUUCUGCAUAUCGUGAUAUUUUCGUGUAUUCUGCUGUUAAUAUAUACCAUUCGUGUAAUAAAAAUUUGAAUAUGUUCGAUUAUUCCAAAAUCUGGACACUUAGCGGAAAUUGAAAAGAUUUCAUGACAA